AACAAAUCCACAGAGACAUCCAGUCGUUAAAGGCAACAAUGGAGGUCAUAAAACAGGAAAUGACACAAACCAAAUACUGCACAUUCAACUUUGAUACAACAACAGGCUUCUGAAAUUGCAAAUCUUAAGAUCAAAUUGCAACAACGGGAAAAGGCCGAGUUAGAUAUGGAAUCAAAACUCACUCAAAUAACAUCAGCUUCAAGUGGAUCAGUGUACAUACAAUGGGGGAGAAAAUCUUGUACUCGAAAUGGUACCGAACUCGUUUAUUCAGGUAUGGGAGGAGGUGGCUAUUAUACUGAAACAGGACGAUCUGCAAAUCCUGUAUGUGUACCGCAUGAUCCUGAUCUAGGUCCUGUAAUUUCUACAAGUGGUUUUGGAACUCUCUAUGGUAUGGAGUAUAACGAUCCAUCACUCGGGAAAAAUCUCAAAGAUGAAGAUGUACCAUGUGCUGUUUGCAGAUCAAAACUAGUAUCAUCCGUUAUAAUGGUGCCCGGAAAGACACGUUGUCAUCAUGGAUGGAAUUUGGAAUAUAAAGGAAUGCUUACAACUGGCUACUGGAACCAUAAUGGUCCAUCGUCAUACAUUUGCGUGGAUUCCAACCCCGAAGUUAUAGAAGGAGGAGUUAGGAACGACGAUGGAUACAUGUUGUAUCCAGUUAAAGCUUAUUGUGGAUCUCUGAAGUGUCCACCGUAUGUACAAGGAAGUAUGUUGAACUGUGCUGUUUGCUCAAAAUAA